GAAGGAAAAGGGGUCUUCGGUGGGGGCAGAGGCUAGUGAAACGCAUCCUCGCUUGAUCCUUGAUGAUGGCCAUCGCGCAGCCCUACGACUUCACGGAUCACAAGUUUUGUGGAGCUGCACGCUGGCCCACAAGUGACCCCUGGGCCAAACCAUCUUCAAGAUAUUCCAGAAAAUUGUACCGGACCUGCCUUCAAGCGGGGGCACGUGAUCGAGGACCUCACCCUAGACGAUGGCAAUGCUUGUCCCAUCUACAACGACAUGAUCCUGGGGCGCGAUCGUGGGCUGAACGAGAAACUGGAUGCUCAAAACGUUUUGAAUGCCAGCUUGGAGUGGAGGAGAAUGCGAGGGAGUUCCGCUUAUCCGCAGGCCAGCCUCUGGCGCGGACGUGUUCAACAGCUCGGCGAGCGAGUGUGUGCCAUCCGACUGAUUUGUUGCCGCAAAUGACCAGACUAUUGUGUAGUUUAUAUAUUUUAUAAAGAAAUACAAGACAAGAAAGUGCAUUGAUUGAAA